CUGCUAGCCCCUCCUCCCAGUUGAGUCAGUGGCUUGAAACUUUUAAAAGCUCUGUGCUCCAAGUUACAAAAAAGCUUUUACGAGGUAUCAGCACUUUUCUUUCAUUAGGGGGAAGGCGUGAGGAAAGUACCAAGCAGCAGCAGAGUUUUAAACUUUAAAUAGACAGGUCUCAGUGCCUGAACUGGCCUUUUCCUUUUACUUCAUCCUCCAAGGAGUUCAAUCACUUGGCGUGACUUCACUUCUUUUAAGCAAAAGAGUGGUGCCCAGGCAACAUGGGUGACUGGAGUGCCUUGGGCAAACUCCUUGACAAGGUUCAAGCCUACUCCACCGCCGGAGGGAAGGUGUGGUUAUCAGUACUUUUCAUUUUCCGAAUCCUGCUCCUGGGGACAGCGGUUGAGUCAGCGUGGGGAGAUGAGCAGUCGGCUUUUCGUUGUAACACUCAACAACCUGGUUGUGAAAACGUCUGCUAUGAUAAGUCUUUCCCAAUCUCUCAUGUGCGCUUCUGGGUCCUGCAGAUCAUAUUUGUGUCUGUACCCACACUCUUGUACCUGGCUCAUGUCUUCUAUGUGAUGCGAAAGGAAGAGAAACUGAACAAGAAAGAGGAGGAACUCAAGGUUGCCCAAACUGACGGUGUCAAUGUGGAGAUGCACUUGAAGCAGAUUGAGAUCAAGAAGUUCAAGUACGGUAUUGAAGAGCAUGGCAAGGUGAAGAUGCGAGGAGGGUUGCUGCGAACCUACAUCAUCAGUAUCCUCUUCAAGUCUGUCUUCGAGGUGGCCUUCCUGCUGAUCCAGUGGUACAUCUAUGGAUUCAGCUUGAGUGCUGUUUACACUUGCAAAAGAGAUCCCUGCCCACAUCAGGUGGACUGCUUCCUCUCUCGCCCCACAGAGAAAACCAUCUUCAUCAUCUUCAUGCUGGUGGUGUCCUUGGUGUCUCUUGCCUUGAAUAUCAUUGAACUCUUCUAUGUUUUCUUCAAGGGCGUUAAGGAUCGAGUUAAGGGAAAGAGCGACCCUUACCAUGCCACCACUGGCCCACUGAGCCCCGCCAAAGACUGUGGGUCUCCAAAAUACGCUUAUUUCAAUGGCUGCUCCUCACCAACCGCUCCCCUCUCACCCAUGUCUCCUCCUGGGUACAAGCUGGUCACUGGCGACAGAAACAAUUCUUCUUGCCGCAAUUACAACAAGCAAGCAAGCGAGCAAAACUGGGCUAAUUACAGUGCAGAACAAAAUCGAAUGGGGCAGGCGGGAAGCACCAUCUCUAACUCCCAUGCACAGCCUUUUGAUUUCCCCGAUGAUAACCAGAAUUCUAAAAAACUAGGUGCUGGACACGAACUACAGCCACUAGCCAUUGUGGACCAGCGACCUUCAAGCAGAGCCAGCAGCCGUGCCAGCAGCAGACCUCGGCCUGAUGACCUGGAGAUCUAGAUACAGGCUUGAAAGCAUCGAUUCCACUCAAUUGCGGAGAAGAAAAAAGGUGCUGUAGAAAGUGCACCAGGCGUUAAUUUUGGUCCAGUGGAGGUGUGGUACUCAACAGCCUUACUCCUGAGGCUGAGAAAACACAAAGACAUUAGAAUACCUAGGUUCAUUGUGGGUGUUUGGGGUAGAUGGGUGGAGAGGGAGGGGAUAAGAGAGGUGCAUGUUGGUAUUUAAAGUAGUGGAUUUAAAGAACUUAGAUUAUAAAUAAGAGUUCCAUUAGGUGUUACGUAGAUAAGGGCUUUUUCUUCCCGCAAACACCCUUAAGAAUGGUUUCUGUGUAUGUGAAUGAGUGGGUGGUAAUUGUGACUAAAUAUUUUUGUUUUAACAAGAAACGGAAAUAAUUUUACCCAGGAAUAAAUACUUCCUGAACACGUUUGGUCUUUUCAACAAGAAAAAGACAGAGGAUUGUCCUUAAGUCCCUGCUAAAACAUUCCAUUGUUAGAAUUUGCACUUUGAAGGUAAGCUUUCUAGGCCUGACCCUCCAGGUGUCAAUGGACUCGUGCUACUAUAUAUUUUUUUUUUAUUCUUGGUAUCAGUUUAACAUUCAGAUAAGGCCCACAGAAUAAGACUUUCCAUGCAUUUGCAAAUUUCAGCAUGAUACCUACAUUCUUUUUCCAUCCACUUGCACCCUAUCAUUACCAUCACUUUUUCAUCAUUCCUCCGCUACUACUCACAUUCAUUUAAUGGUUUCUGUAAACGUUUUUAAGACAGUUGCGAUGUAAUGUAACAUUUUUUUCUUUUUUGAGCUAGAGUCAGGGAAUCAAGCCAUGCUUAAUGUUUAGCAAUCACUUGUAUGUGUAUGCGUGUGGAAGAGUGUGUUUUGUUGUCAUGUAUUGGUACAAGCAGAUACAGUAUAAACACACAGAUUUGAAAAUAAUGCACAUAUAGUGUUCAAAUUUGAACUUUUCUCAUGGAUUUUUGUGGUGUGGGCCAAUAUGGUGUUUACAUUAUAUAAUUCCUGCUGUGGCAAGUAAAGCACACUUUUUUUUUUUUUCCUAAAAUGUUUUUCCCCAUGUAUCCUAUUCUGGAUAUAUUAUGGAUACUGGUUUUGUUAAUUAUGAUGCUUUCUCUCUUUUUUUUUUUUAGGAUAUAGCAAUAAUGCUAUUACUGAAAUGAAUGAUUUUCUUUUUCUGAAAUGUAAUCAUUGAUGCUUGAAUGAUAGAAUUUUAGUACUGUAAACAGGCUUUAGUCAUUAAUGUGAGAGACUUAGAAAAAAAUGCUUAGAGUGGACUAUUAAGUGUGCCUAAAUGAAUUUUGCAGUAACUGGUAUUCUUGGGUUUGCCCUUCUUAAUACACAGUAAUUCAGAACUUGUAUUCUAUUAUAAGUUCAACAGUCUUUUGGCAUGACCAGCAAAUUUGAUAUUUGCACUAAGAUUUUACUGGGAAUGCAAGAGAGGUUUAAAGAGGAUUCAAUAGUACGCAUAUAACUAAUUUAUUUGAACUGUAUGCUGAGGACGUCUACCAGUUUCUCCAAAUGCCUUUUUUAAAACUCAUCACAGACGAUUAGUGAAAAUGCUGAGUAUGACACUUUUCAUCUUGCAUGUCAGUUACAUAAACAGUUUUGUACAAUGAAAAAUACUAAUCUGUUUGACAUUCCAUGUUAAACUACUGUCAUGUUCGGCUUCGUUGCAUGUAAUGUAGACCUAGACCAUCAUCAAAUCGUGUGUUCUGGAGAGUGUUCUUUAUUCAAUAAAGUUUUAAUUUAGUAUAAA